CUCCGGCACUGCCGGAGUCUCCAGUCCAUUCGGGACCCAUUUCUAGGGUCUUCAGUCCGAGGUCGGCGGCGAGGGUUUUAAGAGGCAACGGAGGCAGACAAUGAGGAGGAGAAAAACUGUGGUGAAAUGGGGUCCACGUCCCGCGUGGAAGAGGAGGAGGAAUGCCGUUACAGACACAUUGUGGUUGAAUCUGUGUUUUACAAUUCACUGCUCGACUCAGGGACCUUACAGAUAAUUGUAUGAGAUGAGGUAGUCAUUCAAAUAUAAUGACCCUAUUACAAUCAUGCUAAACACUAUUAUGCCCCACAGAGUGAGUCCAUGCAACUUAUGUUACUUGUUAAGCAAAUUCCUACUCCGGAACUUAUUUAGGUGUGCCAUAACAAAGGGGUUGAAUAUGUAUUGACUCAAGACAUUUCAGCUUUUAAUUUUCAAUUAAUUUAAAAACAUGGCAUAUUAUAUGUAGGUCAGUGACAAAUAAUGUAUAUUUAAUAUUUUUUUAAUCCAGGCUGUAACACAACAUUUUGGAAAGUCAUGGGGUGUGAAUACUUUAUGAAAGCAUUGUAGUGUUUUAGAAUGAAACUCUUAAAAGAUGUACCCAAAUACACUUCAUUAUUUACAUUUUUUCCAAAAUGCUAUUCUCAAAUGCCACCGCUAUUCAACAAUGAACCUAUUACAAUCUCCACCUUAUAGCGGGUAAUGUUUUAACGUUUAUUUGGGGUGUCUUGCAUCAGCAGCGGAGCAACAACCGUUUGUGCCAUCCAUAAAGAUAUUGCUUCGAUUGGCUCUGUUUGACUUCACAAGAGAUUGUUACUUAGCAGUCCACUCCUCCACUCCGCACCCUGGACAAGCAAAGCGCAACACAUCCACAAGUUUUUAUGAGAAGAAAGAAACCAGCCCGUAUCCUACUUCUUAUUCUGUGAAAAUAACAGCAUUUAUCAUGGAAAAACUUGAUGCCUUCGUCAAACAGAUUAUUUCUUAGAAUAGGUGAGGCUUGUUGAAAAUGGAAUCCUCGUGCAAGUCUAUUAGAUAUCCCGAUGAGAGACGACUAACAAGUAGAAAGUUUGUUGAGCUCCAUGUGCUGUUUGUACCAAAUGAACAGUGGAACUUAAAACUGAAUAGAGUGCCGGUUGAAGCCAUAAAGAGCUUCAUAUCUGCUGGAUUCAUCAGGGUGUAUCCUGAUAUAUCUCUCAGAACUCUCAGGAGUGAGCUUGGCAUUCUCCUCGGAGCUGAGAGAGAUAUUGACAAGCUUUCCUUUUUAAAAUGUGUGGGCCGAAGCUUGGCAUUGGUAAAAGCCAAACAAGAAAGGGAUUUGAAAGUGAAGUAUUUUGCCCCUCCAUAUGCCCCUCAGCCAGAGCUGUACCUGUUGCCCAGGGUGGAGAGCGACAACAGUGUCUGUUCACAGUCCCUCACCCCCAACACCCACUCCACAGACCCCCAGAUUUACUACACUGCCAGAGUGCAAGGAAUGCCAACAGGGACAAAAGAGCCUUUUAAAUUCCCUCAGAUCCCCCAGGGUCUCCAGCCACAGCCCCCUUCCUCCCCCAGCCCCGAUGAGGAGGCGAAGGAAGAGGAGAGCUAUUGCUCCACAGAGGAGAACGAGGAGGACCUUCUCUCCUCUCAGCAGUCUGGGUGCGCUGAGGAUGACCUCCUCCUGUGGAAGGCCCAAGCCCAGGGGCCACCCCAGUGUGUCAUAGAGGCUAAAGAAUCAGUUGUGGGGAAGGUGGCACCUGCUAAGAAGAAACAGCGUUUCAAGAGAAACCGAGCCAGCGAUUCGGGGGUUCCAGAGUCACUGGAGAAUUCUGUGUUUUCUCCCACCCCACACAGGUUUAGGAAAUCUAAAGAUGCACAGACACUGAAGUAUAUCAGGAAUAAACAAAAUGAGGUCCCUGAACACCCAGUAACUAUGCCUACACAGUACGCCUCUCCACCCCCCGCCCCAACCCUGGGCACUCGUAAAACGGCUGCCUCGGUCUUCCUAUCAAGUAGAGAUAAACUGAUAGAGGAAAUUAAGAUGGCAAAAGAGGAGAGAAAGCAACUAGAACAGACAAGACAAGAGUUACUGAGAAAAGGAAAAGACUUGCUGGCCCAGAACAGACACCGUCGAAAUCAAGCUCGUGAUAGUUGGAAGAGGAGUUAUUUUGAUACCAAGAAGGCCACAGCCCCUUUGGAGGUCACACUGAGAAGUCUUCGUCAAGAGCUGGAGAUAUUCUACAAUAACAUCCUACACCAGCUAAAGGCGAGGGAUGGAGGAGGAAAGCCCAGAUGGCGGGCAAGAUUGUCGAGCACCAAAGAAUCUUCAAGUAUGACAAUUGGGUACUCUUCCCACCAUGUUCAGAAUGAGCUCAUUAUCCAGAUAAUGACAGAGAGCCAUGAGAUUGACAACCUAAGGAGGAAGGUGGAUGAUGCCAAGAUGAGGCUCGUCACAGAGAUCAAGCUCGGGAAGCAGGCUGCCACAGAGCUGAGAGCCUUGAAGGCUGAGCUGGCCCAGAAGAAUACCCAGACAUUUCUCUCUGGCUCCAUGGGCUUUGGAGCAGGAGCAAGGGACAGACCAUAGGCUCAAAGCAUCCCUAACUGAGCCACUUCUACCAGUACCACCGUGGCCUUAUUCCAGAAGACAAUGUUUGCUUUUCGCUUAUUCCAAAUUAUAUAUUUUUAGAAAAGGUCACAUUUAAAUUAUGUCUAUUUGCAAUGCAUAUCAAGUGAAAGCCAUGACUUCACAGUUUACCAAACAACAAUUGUUCGUAUUAAACUGUCGUGUCCCUGUUGCAGCAAGAA